GCCGAAGGACUCGGCAUGGGUGCAGAAUUGGCCGCAGGCGAUAAUCAAAACUUGAACGAUGCAGAAUUCACGUGUAGUCUAUUCCGUUUCUUGCAACUCACAUGCGAAGGCCAUAAUCUUGAUUUCCAGAACUAUUUACGCACCCAACCCGGUCACACAACAAGUGUGAACUUAAUCAAUUGCAUUGUCGACUAUCUGCUACGAUUGCAAGAGUCAGUGAUGGACUUCUAUUGGCAUUACUCGAGUAAAGAGGUGAUUGACGAGGGAGGUAAGGAGUACUUCUUGAGGGCUAUUCAAGUAUGCAGUCAAGUCUUCAACACGCUCACCGAAAGUAUUCAGACUUCAUAA